AUGCGGCCCCUUCUGUUUCCGCUUCUGGUGAGCCUCGCCGCCUGCCAGACCUUCCCGGGCUUCCUGUACCAGACGGGCGAGCCGCUCGUCGUCGAUUUCAACGGCACGAUCGUGGACCAUGGUGGCCAGUCGUUGGGGGUUGAUCAAGUCCAAUCCGCCCCCACAGUCGGUCUCUACGACCGCCUGGCCAACGACAACGGGCCCUUUAUGUACCUCUACAUCGACCCCUCGCCCUACGGCGACAACGGCACGCUCGACGCGCUGCAGAUGCUGCAGACGGACCUGACGCUGUCCGACAAGAAGAACAGUAACAAUUUCUACGCCCUGACGUCCAACCAGCCGCCUGUCGCGCCGUACAUCGCGCCCGACCCCAUCGUCGGCCCGCCUACCCACCACUACACGCUGCUGCUGUUCCGCCAGCCGGCCAAUUUCUCCAUCCCUGCGGAGUUCCGCUAUGCUAUGCCGCUGAAUCGGAGCGACUACACCAACCGCAUUGGCUUUAAGCUGCCCCAGUUCGUACGCUCAGCGGGGCUGGAACUGCCGGUUGCGUCGAUGUAUUUUGACGGAUUAGUUGGCGUUUAUUUGUUCAGGGUGUAUAGCAGGACAUAUAUAGAUAAAGACUUGUCACCGUUGGGAGGCAACCCAAAGUAUAUACUCUUUAAGGAUGAGUCAGUUUCUAUAGAAAACUCGAGGGAAUCCACUCUUUUCUUCUUCUACUGCUCAGCGUGCUACUCGUCGACAUGCCUCCUGUCUCCCCCCCAGCCCCGCAUCCCCAAACCUGGCGUCUGGUGUCCCGCCGUGACGCUCUUCGACCCGGCCACCGACACGCUCGACCUGGCCUCGCAGCGCAAAUACUACGCCUACCUGGCACGCUCUGGCCUCGCGGGGCUCGUCAUCCUGGGCACCAACGCCGAGGCCUUCCUGCUCACGCGCGAGGAGCGCGCCCAGCUCAUCGCGACCGCGCGCGAGGCCGUCGGGCCCGACUUCCCCCUCAUGGCCGGCGUGGGCGCCCACUCGACCAAGCAGACGCUCGAACUGGCGCACGACGCGGCCAAAGCAGGCGCAAACUACCUGCUCGUGCUGCCUCCAGCGUACUACGGAAAAGCGACCACGCCAUCCGUCGUCAAGCGCUUCUUCGCCGACGUCGCGCGCCAGGCGCCCCUGCCCGUCGUCAUCUACAACUUCCCCGGCGUGACCAACGGCGUCGACAUCGACUCGGAGACCAUGACCGACAUCGUGCGCGCGUCUGCCGCAGACUCCCCCUCGGGCGUCAGCAACGUCGUCGGCGUCAAGCUGACCUGCGCGCAGGUCGGCAAGAUCACGCGGCUGACGGCCACGUUUGCGCCAGACGAGUUCGCCGUCUAUGGCGGACAGUCCGACUUCCUGCUGGGCGGGCUGGCCGUGGGGUCAGCUGGGUGCAUCGCGGCGUUCGCUAACGUGUUCCCCAAGACGGUGUCGCGCAUCUACGAGCUGUACAAGGCGGGCAAGACGGAGGAGGCGUUGGCGCUGCACCGGAAGGCUGCUCUGGCGGAAAGUCCCUGCAAGAGCGGUAUCGCGACGACCAAGUAUGCGGCAGCCAUCUUUACGGCGCCCAAGGCGGGCAUUGAAAACGCUGAAGAGAAGUUCAAGCCGCGCACGCCGUACGAGGAGGCCAGCGAGGCGGCCAAGGAGAAUGUCCGCAGGGUGAUGGCGGAGGUGGCUGCCAUUGAGGAGAGUGUAUAA